GGGCCUGUGAACUCCACAACCAGCAUGUCCAGCUCUCUGCUCCUGUUUCACUCCGGGGCAUGCGUGUCUCACCUAGCUGUUUGUUUAAGUGCCUUCCAUUCUGUGUCCAAGGAGCAUGAUUUCCUUCCUUUUCAGCACAGGGCCCUGCGAAUCCCCAGGGGGGAUCUAAUAACAAUAGGCUAUUGGGGGAGACUCCAGAGCUUUAGGAAUGAAUCCAGACUGACUCCUGGGGCAGCGGGGACCAUCUGUCUGCUCUGUGUCUGUGCAGCGCCUGGCAUGGGCGGCCGCUGGUCUGCCAGGGCUGCAGAGCCCACCCGGCUCACUCAUGGCUGCGGCAGAGCCCGCUCGGGGAAGGGACUCUCAGCGAGCUGCGGAAGGAUGCUCUGUCCCCCUGCUGGACCCGGCGUCCUGGGUGGAAGGGGAGAACGUGUGGGUGCUGGAGCUGCAGCCCUACGGCGAUCCCAGUGCAGGUGACGAAGCGGUAAAGCUGGAGCCGCAGGGGCCGUUCCUGAGAAGCUCUGUGAAGGCUGUAAAGCAGGAGACGCCGAAGCCAGGCGUAGCAGGGAUGCCGGAGCCGGAGGGGCCGUUCCUGAGAAGCUCUGUGAGGGCUUUAAAGCAGGAGAUGCCCGAGCCAGGCAUAGCAGGGAUGCCAGAGCCGGAGGGGCCGUUCCUGAGAAGUGCUGUGAGGGCUUUAAAGCAGGAGAUGCCUGAGCCAGGCAUAGCAGGGAUGCCAGAGCCGGAGGGGCCGUUCCUGAGAAGUGCUGUGAGGGCUUUAAAGCAGGAGAUGCCUGAGCCAGGCAUAGCAGGGAUGCCAGAGCCGGAAGGGCCGUUCCUGAGAAGUGCUGUGAGGGCUGUAAAGCAGGAGAUGCAAGAGCCAGGCGUAGCAGGGAUGCUGGAACCGGAGGGGCCGUUCCUGAGAAGCACAGUGAGGGCUGUAAAGCGGGAGACAUUGGAGCCGGAGGGGCCGUUCCUGAGAAGCUCUGUGAGGGCUUUAAAGCAGGAGAUGCCCAAGCCAGGCAUAGCAGGGAUGCCGGAGCCGGAGGGGCCGUUUCUGAGAAGUGCUGUGAGGGCUGUAAAGCAGGAGAUGCCGGAGCCAGGCAUAGCAGGGAUGCUGGAGCCAGAGGGGCCGUUCCUGAGAAGCACUGGAGAGAACAUUCCCUGGAUCCCGGAGCAGGGCAGAGCUGGCGGGAGCCAGCACCGGGCAGAGAGGAGGAACACUCCACGGAGGAGGCAGGGUAAGAACAGCUGCUAUGACCCUCUGCCGGGGAGGCAAGGGGGCAGCCCCCUGCGGGACAUCACUGUGCCCCAGAGCGCAGCUGCAGGGGGGCCACCCCACACGUGUGCCACCUGCGGAAAGAGUUUCAGCCGCCGCUCCAAGCUGAGCUCCCACCAGAGGAACCACACUGGAGAUAAACCCCACAGCUGUGGGGACUGUGGGAAGGGCUUCCUGUGGCGCUCGGACCUGCUCCGGCACCAGCUCAUGCACACGGGGGAGCGUCCCCACCACUGCUCCCAGUGUGGCCGUGGCUUCAGCCGGGCCUCGCGGCUUCUGCAGCAUCAGAGAGUCCACAUGGAAGCCAGCCACGGAACAGAGGGCAGCCCAGUGCCAAGUGUGCUGCAGGGAGUACACGGGGAGCCUGGCCAUGGAGUAGGGCGGACCCCGGGGCUGAGAGAGGGCCAGAGAGUCCACGUGGAGCCUGGUCAUGGAGUGGGACGGAGCCCAGGGCUGAAUGUGGGGCUGGGAGUCCACUUGGAGCCCUGCCAUGGGGUGGGGCAGAGCCCGGGGCUGAAUGAGGGCCAGGGAGUCUACGUGGAGCCCGGCCACGGUGUGGGGCAGAGCCCGGGGCUGAAUGAGGGGCUGGGAGUCCAUGCAGAGCCCGACCAUGGAGUGGAGCGGAGCCCAGGGAUGAAUGAGAGCCAGGGAGUCCACUCAGAGCCCGACCACGGAGUGGGGUGGAGCCCGAGGCUGAGUGAGGGGCAAGGAGUCCACGUGGAGCCCGGCCAUGGAGUGGGGCGGAGCCUGGAGCUGAGUGAGGGGCAGGGAGUCCACGCGGAGCCUGGCCACGGAGUGGGGCAGAGCCUGGGGCUGAGUGAGGGGCAGGGAGUCCACGUGGAGCCUGGCAAUGGAACAGAGAGGACCUGGGCUCUGAGUACGCUGCAGAGAAGCCAUACAGAGCCUGCCCAUGGAGGGGAGGGCAAUGUGGCACAGAGCCCAACUUUGUUUGCACUGCAGGGAGUCCAUGGAGAGCCCUGUCAUGGAGCGGGGUGGAGCCCGGUGCUCACUACACUGCAGGGCAUCCACGCAGAGCCUGGCCACAGAGUGGGGCGGAGCCUGGGGCUGCAUGAGGGGCUGGGAGUCCAUGCAGAGCCAGCCCACGGAGUGGGGCGGAGCCCGGGGCUGAGUGAGGGGCAGGGAGUCCACGUGGAGCCUGGCCAUGGAGUGGGGCACAGCCCGGGGCUGAGUGAGGGGCAGAGAGUCCAUGCGGAGCCCAGCAAUGGAGCAGAGAGGACCUGGGCUCUGACUACGCUGCAAGGAGUCCAUGCAGAGCCCUGCCACGGGGCGGGGUGGAGCCCAGUGCUGACUACACUGCAGAGAAGCCACACGGAGCCUGCCCAUGGAGGGGAGGGCAAUGUGGCACAGAGCCCAACCUUGUUUGCACUUCAGGGAGUCCACGGAGAACCCUGCCAUGGAGCGGGGUGGAGCCCGGUGCUCACUACACUGCAGGGCAUCCACGCAGAGCCGGGCCACGGAGUGGGCUGGAGCCCGGUACUCACUACACUGCAGGGCGUCCACGGAGAGCCAGGCCAUGGAGCAAGGUGGAGCCCAGUGCUAACUACACUGCAGGGUGUCCAUGUGGAACCCUGCCACGGAGCAGGGUGGAGCCCGGUGCUCACUACGCUGCAGGGUGUUCAUGCAGAGCCAGGCCACGGACCGGGGUGGACCCCAAUGCUCACUACACUGCAGGGUGUCCACGCAGAGCCAGGCCACGGAGCAGGGUGGAGCCCCAUGCUCACUACGCUGCAGGGAGUCCACGGGGAGCCCUGCCAUGGACAAGAAUGGAGCCCAGCCCUGAAUGCAUUGCAGGGCAUCCAUGGGGAGCCCAGCCACAGCCCAGAAGGGAACCCGGCACUGAUUGCCUUGCAGAGGGUGCACGCGGAGCCCUGGCACGGCGCAGAGGGUAAUGUGGCACAAUGCCCAACUGUGUUUGCGCUGCAGAGAAUUCAUGCAGAGCCCUGCUACGGCACUGAGGGACCCGCGGCCCAGAGCCUGGAACUGAUUGUGCUGCAGAGAGUCCACGGGGAGCCCUGCCAUGGAGCAGAGGGGAGCUCAGCCCUGAUUACCCUGCAGGGAGUCCACGGGGAGCCCUGCCACGGUACUGAGCAGAGCCCGGCACUGCAUGCAGUGCAGACAGUCCACGGGGAGCCCUGCCACAGCACCGAGCAGAGCCCGGCACUGAGUGCAGUGCAGACAGUCCACGGGGAGCCCUGCCACGGCACCGAGCAGAGUCUGGCACUGCAUGCAGUGCAGACAGUCCAUGGGGAGCCCUGCCACGGCACCGAGCAGAGCCUGGCACUGCAUGCAGUGCAGACAGUCCAUGGGGAGCCCUGCCACGGCACCGAGCAGAGCCUGGCACCGAGUGCAGUGCAGACAGUCCAUGGGGAGCCCUGCCAUGGCACCGAGCAGUGCCCGGCACUGAGUGCAGUGCAGACAGUCCACAGGGAGCCCUGCCACGGAGCAGAGAGUCCCAUGGCCCAGAGCCUGGCGCUGGCUGCGCUGCAGAGUCUCCAGGCUGGAGAGGCUCAAUGUGUCAUCACUGAGCAAGGGGGAGGCCUGGCUGAGACCCCCCCAUCUCCCGUGGCCUUGGUGCAGGAGAAUCUCUUCCAAUGUCCCGAGUGCCAAAAGUGCUUCAGCCGCAGCUCGUACCUGGUGAAGCACCGCCGGAUCCACGGGGCGGGGAAGCCCCACCAGUGCCCCCAGUGUGGCAAGUGCUUCAGCCAGCGCUCGUACCUCUGCAAGCACCGCCGCAUCCAUGCCGUGGCAGCCGGCAAACCCCACGAGUGUGCGCUGUGCGGCAAGCGCUUCAGCCUUCGGUCCUACCUCUGCAAACACCGCCGCAUCCACACAAGAUAGAGCCGGUCCCCGGGCCCUGCACAGGCUGUGCACAGCACUGGAGCCAAGGGGACGCCGCCCCGUACCCACAGAGCCAUGGUACAAACAGCCCACGGAGCGUGCCAGCAGAGCCCACGGCACACGAGCGCUACCGGCGGAGCUGGCAGGCUCCUCUCUCCGGCACGCGGUGGGAAAGGGAGCGCUGGGUGAGGCUGGGGCCUUGUGGGAGUGGCUGGUGGGAACAGAGGGGGGAACUUUCUGUGCCAUAUUCUGUAGUGUUUUCUGUCAAUAAACAGUUUCGAAGAGGGGGAAAUGCUCCCUUGUAAA